UUUCUUUUUUAGAAACGUUAUUACGAUCUUAAAGACUACGACGCCACAUUUGCUAUACCGUGGUUGGUACAGAAGUGGGUGGGACUGCGGCUGACGAGGACCGAUCCGCCUCAUGUCAGGAUAUUCUGGGACAUAUACUACUGGCUGGAAUUCCUCAACCUGUGGCUGGCGGCCUUCCUGGAGCUCACAUACAUGGCAGUGCGCAGCACCGCGUACGUGGAAAUAUUCCUGUCCCUGCCGUGCAUGUGUAACCUGCUUUUAGCGAUAUUCAAGUCAUACAAAAUGGUGGUUUACCGGCCAGUGUUCAACAACCUGGUGUGGGAGUUAAGAACUAUGUGGCCUCAGGGAACAGUUACCGAAGAAGAGGACCGUAUAGUUAGCAGGACACUGCGGAGUCUCAACAUAGUCGUUAAAGGCUACUAUUGGAUCAACAUCCUCCUACUAUUGAUUUUCCUGGGUCCGUCCUUUGUGGCCCUCGGUUAUCGAGCUGCAGGCCACGACAGACCUCUCAUCCUGCCAUAUUGGUAUUGGUACCCCUUCGAUCCUUACGAAGGCGGUCCGCUAUAUGCGUUUGCUUUGGGCUUUGAGGAUUUCCAUGGUUGUAGUGCCAUUGGCUUCAUGGUGAUGGGAGACCUGCUGUUCUGCAUAUUCUUGAGCCAUAUUUCGAUCCAGUUAGAUCUGCUUGCAGUUCGUAUACAGAAACUCGUACCAACGGUUGAACCUAAACACCGCUUCCUGAGUGCAUUUACUACUGAGCAAAUGCGCAAUGAAAAUUGUGAUACCCCGGACUGGGAGAAAAAGCACCUAAAAGAGUUGGCCGUCAUCAUUGAAAGACAUCGGGCCCUGAUCAGACUUUCGGAUGACGUGGAAGAAAUGUUCAGCGGGGCGCUUCUCCUCAACUUCCUCAACAGCUCCAUGAUAUUAUGUUGCUGCGGGUUCUGUACCGUCAUAGUGGAGAAAUGGAACGAGUUUAGCUACAAGUCGUUUCUCAUCACAACACUCUCGCAGACCUUCCUCCUGUGCGCCCACGGACAGAAACUGAUCGAUUCUGCUACAGGAAUAACCGACGCACUGUACAAUUGCCUCUGGUACAACGCAUCUAAGAAAGUCAAGAGUUCGGUCCUUAUUGCGAUGCAUAGGUCUCAAAGAGAAAUCCACGUCACGACCUACGGCUUCUCCGUCGUCAACAUGGGGUGCUACGCCACGAUACUCAGAACGGCCUGGUCAUAUUUGUCGCUUCUUUUAAAUGUUUGUAAAUAAACAUUUGUAACAGAAUAAAGGAGAAAACAUGUUUAAUU